AUGCCUCAACAACUCACGAUAGGUCUCUCACAAUCGCACACCCUCUCCACCCUUGACGCAACGCUCUCCGCACUUCGCGAAACCACCAGACUCGCCGCCCAAAAGGGCAUCUCGAUCCUCUUAUUCCCCGAAGCCUAUCUAGGAGGCUACCCACGAACAUGUUCUUUCGGUGCCGCCGUCGGGUCCCGCACUGACACCGGCCGAGAUCAAUUCCUCGCCUACUACAAGUCGGCCGUCGAUCUGGGCGAUACACCCCUCGGAGCCGACGACGACUGGCUCGACCGGAAACUACCCGUGAACAAAGAGACCGGCCGCCGCGGCGACGGGACCCGCGAGUUCCUAGAAGACGUGGCGCGGGAGACGGGUGUGUUCAUCGUCACAGGGUUGGUCGAGAAGGCCGGGGCCAGUCUCUAUUGUGCGGCAGUCUAUGUCGAUCCGACGCGCGGCGUGCUGGGCAAAAGGAGGAAAGUCAUGCCUACAGGGUCGGAGAGGCUGGUUUGGGCACAGGGUCAAGCGUCUACCCUGAAAGCCGUGGCGGUGAACAUCAAGGGGGUGAGAGUGGUCAUGGGAUGUGCCAUCUGUUGGGAGAACUAUAUGCCUCUUCUACGGUACAGUCUGUACAGCCAGGGCGUAAAUCUGUGGUUGGCGCCUACCGCCGAUGCGAGGGAUACCUGGGAAUCCUUGAUGAAGACGGUGGCUUGUGAAGGCCGUUGUUUCGUCCUAAGUGCGAACCAGUGCAUCAAGAGGAAGAACUUGCCAGCGUGGAUCACUGGUAAAGAUGCUCCAGUUGAAGACGGCAACCCUCCUGCGGCGGAAGCCUGCGCAGCCUCGGCCAGAUCGCUUCCAAACGGGACUCAUGGCGGCUCCUUGGGAGGACGGCGUUUGUCCAUGUCGACACGAACGGAGGAAAAUCAUGAGAUUGCCUGGAAGUGCAAAGACAAUCCGAUCAAAGAGUCGGAAGAUGCCUCAAAGCACUCGAGCUUUGCUACCAGUGAAGAUGAGCAGUUCGUGUCUGUGGGAGGCUCUUGUAUCGUCAACCCCAUGGGCAAGACAGUUGGAGGUCCAUGUUGGGAAAAGGAACAGGAGUUGCUGUACGUGGAGGUCGACUUCGACGAUUGUGAUCGAGGCCAUUUGGACUUUGAUGCGGCGGGACACUAUUCGCGUCCGGAUGCAUUCAAACUCACCGUCGAAGGAUUGGAUCUCCUGCCUCCCCCUUAA